CGCGCAUGAUCGUCGACAGCUCUACUCAUCAACAUCAAAGCUAACUGGAGUCGUUUGCAGUUGCGCUAUUGUAUCAUACUGUGUGAAAAUGGAGGAGUUGAGUGAGAUUGCAGAGCGGGACAGUAAGAAGGAUGAAAAGGAUCAUGAGAAGGACGCGCGGCACAAGAGUUUCAAGAAGAAGCAGGCUCGAAAGAAAAAAAGUCAGGUGGUGAAUCCAACUAGUGAAAAUAUUAACAAUAACAAGGAGGAGAAAAAAAUGCCUAGUGCGUGCCAUAUUUCCAUAAAGGAUAUCCAGAUGGCUAUGGAAGUAUUCAAUAUACAACAAAAACCUGCCAAAACUCAGGAGGAAGCCAUGCAAAAGCCUUAUCAAUUCUGGAGUACGCAGCCAGUACCAAAAAUGGAUGAGAAAAUUGUGCGCAAUGAGGCAAUUGAGCCUGAUAAAACAUCCGUCAGAGAGGAGCCGUACUCGUUACCUGCUGACUUUCAAUGGGACACCUUGAACCUAGAUGACCCUCUGGUCUUAGCAGAAUUAUAUGCACUACUCUCGGAGAAUUACGUCGAGGAUGACGACGCGAUGUUCAGAUUCGAUUACCCUCCAUAUUUUUUGAAAUGGGCAUUGCAACCUCCAGGCUGGUGCAUGGAAUGGCAUUGUGGCGUGCGAGUGAGCAAAAGCGGACGUCUAGUCGGUUUUAUCUCCGCUAUUCCAGCCACUCUACGCGUCUACAAUCAUACACAGAAAAUGGUAGAGAUCAACUUUCUGUGCGUGCACAAGAAGUUGAGAUCGAAAAGAGUCGCGCCUGUAUUGAUACGCGAAAUCACGAGGAGAGUGAAUUUGAAAGGUAUCUUUCAAGCCGUGUACACUGCCGGUGUUGUUUUACCAAAACCGAUCGCGACAUGCAGGUACUGGCAUCGAUCUUUAAACCCAAGGAAGCUAAUAGACAUCAAAUUCUCUCAUCUUACUCGCAACAUGACGAUGCAAAGAACUCUAAAGCUAUACAAACUGCCAGAUAACACGAAAGUACCGGGUUUUAGAAAGCUGGUUUACGCAGACGUGCCGCAAGCGCAUAAAAUAUUAACAGAAUAUCUGGAAAAGUUCGAUCUCGCCCCGAUAUUCUCAGUCGAAGAGUUCCAACACUGGUUCUUACCACAAACGGGCAUCAUUAACAGUUUCGUGGUGGAGAAUGAGGGAAAGAUUACAGAUAUGGUGAGCUACUAUACGUUGCCGAGCUCUAUCAUGCAUCAUCAGACGCAUAAGACUCUCAGAGCCGCGUACAGUUUCUACAACGUGUCCACUGUGACGCCGUGGCUCGAGCUGAUGAUGGACGCUUUGAUAUCCGCGCGUGACUUGGGUUUCGAUGUAUUCAACGCGUUGGAUCUUAUGGACAAUAAGGAGUUCUUGGAGCCCCUUAAGUUUGGCAUCGGUGAUGGCAAUCUUCAAUAUUAUCUCUACAAUUGGCGUUGCCCUAGUAUGACACCCGGCAAGAUCGGUCUCGUGCUCCAGUAGAGUUGUAGCUCAACGAGUCGUUGCCUAGAGUGUUUCGCGUUUGCGAUCUCACGGCAAAGAAAAAGAGGGGGAGAGGAGGGAGAGAGAUAGCGGUUGAACACGUACCGAGGACACCAUCAACAUAGCAAUAUUGCGAGAAGCGGCAAAAACGGCCAGACGAGCGCGACCUCGAUUUUUCUUAUCGGGGAGCAUAUACAAAUCACUCUUGGUGACGGCCAACAAAAAUUUUCGAAUUCUCUUGCAGGAUUGUUCUCUGUGAGAUGAGCUGGAUGGCCGGUUAGCUCGAUAUCUCGCAAGUCACUCUUGUCUUCGCCAUCGGCCCAUCCUGCGGAGAAACACCAUUCGAGAUCGGACCGCUCGCGCGAUCGGGACUGCUGUGGAAAUUGUGCGUAGUACAGUCCGUUGCACAUACAGAUUGCACGUGUAUAUGCGUAUCUGCGUGACUCGAGCAAUGUAGAUAAGCAUCAUGCGAUUAAUAGCGACUACAUGGCGAGGCGUCGUCUUGGUAUGUCCGCGGAUUUUCAAUAAUGUAAGCCUCUUAGACGCCAGGUAACUCUUUACCCGUUUUUUUCCUUUACACUUCCUCGGCUAAUUAGAUGACAGCGUACGCCGGAGUGUGAGUGAUAGGCGAGUUAAAAAUAAAAUAAGGUUCAUCGAGAA